CCCGAGGAGGCAAGAGAGAGCGACCGGGAGAGGAGAGGUGAGGGGGGAGGGAGGGAGGGAGCUCAUCCCCUCCGCGCAGGCGCAACUAGGUAGGGAGCAGGGGCGCCCUGCUGAUCUCCGCCUCCUCCUCCCGCCGACCUUGGCCCGUGCGAUGCUGCCGCGCCGGCGGCGGCUAGUCUACGGGCGGCCCGUUCAUGGCGGCCUUCUUCCGCAGCUCCAACCUCGCCUCCAGGGUCUUCGACCGACAGUUCCUCUCCCCACGCCCCGGCGCUACUGUCAACACUGUUAGACAGUUCUACGAGAACCUGUUUCCAAGUUACACUAUAUUUGACAUAGAUUGCCCCGAUUAUUCAUUUCGUAAAUUCACUGAUGAUGGCAAGUAUCUCGUGGCUUUUAGCCGAAACCACCAAGAUUUAAUUGUGUACCGCCCCAUCUGGCCAACAUUUUCAUGCAAUGAGGCAUGUGACUCUCAUGAUCUUCCACCAAAAGCAAACAAAUUUGACAGCUUCUUUAAGCAGCUGUACUCAAUUUCGCUUGCAUCUAGCAAUGAGUACAUCUGUAAAGACUUUUUCCUUUACAUGGAGUGCCAUCAGUUUGGUUUAUUUGCAACAUCAACUGCACAAAGUAAUGAUUCAAGUGCCACUGAGGGUGCGAUUCAUGGGGUACCAUCAAUUGAGAAAAUUACUUUCUAUCUUGUGAGGCUAGAAGAUGGUGCGAUAUUAGACGAGAAAGCUUUCCGCAAUGAUUUUAUCAAUUUGGCUCAUAGUAUUGGAGCUUACUUGUAUGAGGAUCUCCUUUGCAUUGUCUCUCUUCGAUAUCAAACCAUUCAUGUCCUACAAAUAAGAGAUUCAGGCAACCUUGUUGAAGUACGCAAAAUUGGUGCAUUUUGUCAGGAAGAUGAUGAGUUAUUUCUCCAUUCACAUGGCCAGGUUGUACGAGGUGUUUCUUUUCUUCCUGGCAUCAAGCAACGGUUGUUGUCCUUUAUUUUUCGCAAGACAUGGAAUGAGGAAUCUGAUCAGACCUUGAGAGUUCAGCAUCUGAAGAAGAAGUUCUAUUUUCAUUUUCAAGACUAUGCUGAUCUUAUCAUAUGGAAGGUGCAGUUUUUGGAUCGCCAUCACCUAUUUAUCAAGUUUGGUAGCGUGGAUGGAGGGGUUUCGCGUAGCACUGAACAGAAUUUAGCAUUCUUUGCUGUGUACAACAUGGAAACAACAGAUAUUGUUUCACUCUAUCAGAAUUCUUCGGAGGAGCUCUAUUCAUUGUUUGAAUAUUUUUAUGACCAUUUUCACGCAAAUCCACAAAAUUCAUCGCAUGGAAAUUUUAUCUCGUCACACUCCAAUAACGUUCAAGCCCUUGAUCAACUUCGAACAAUUAAAAAUAAAGCAAGCAGCUCCUCACAGUUUGUGAAAAAGAUGAUGGCCUCGCUACCUUACACUUGUCAAUCACAAAGUCCUUCACCAUACUUUGACCUAUCAUUGUUUCGGUAUGAUGAGAAGCUUAUUUCAGCGAUUGAUCGGCACAGACACUGUACAGAGCAUCCAAUAAAAUUUAUAUCAGUGAAGCAACCAAAUGUUGUCAAAUUCAAGAUAAAACCAGGUUCAGAUUCUGGUACUUCUGACAGCAGGGCAAAAAGAAUAUCCUCCUUCUUGUUUCACCCAUUUUUCCCUCUUGCACUUUCUAUUCAGCAGACAUAUAUGCAGCCAACUGUUGUCAAUUUACAUUUCAGGAGAUAGAAGCGUAGCCGUUCCCUCAAUUGUGUUUGUAACAGUUGUGAGCGGUGCACAGCUCAGUAAAAAUUUUGGCCGUAUGUAGUAGGGUGCUUUAUUAACAAAAGAUCUUAUUAUAGGCAAAGAAAGAUGUGGUUUUAGGCU